UGCUGUGUCCCACAUCUAAUGAAGUUUUAUUUCCCACGCCUGUUUGUGCAGCUGCUCUUCCAAGUGUUCUUCAGCACAGAAAGGAUGCCAAAGAAGGUUGAUACCGUCUGGAAGGGAUGCCAGGAAGAACACGGCCUUGCCACCAGCCCCAACAGCUUUGCAGUGCGGACCCUGAAGUUGCUGCUCUGCCGAAAGCAGUACAAGGAUGUGGUGGUGGCAAUGGAACGCAGGGGUGCCUGGGACACGCUGCUGUGUGCUGACACCCACCACUAUGCCGUGGGUCUGCUGGCCAGGGAGAUGUCCUGCGUCUCCAUACCCUCCUGUUCCCGGGUCUUUCGCUACCUGCUCCGGCUGCUGAGCACACAGGAGCUACGCUGGGAUCUGCCUGCCCUGGCGUUCCUUGUGGAGGUCCUCGAGUGCCUGGACUUGAGGGAACGUGAUGCUGACAGAGUCCUGCAAAUCUUGUCAAGGCAUGUGCAGAGCAAGUGCAGGGAGAGGCGUCACCUGGCACUCAGGGCCCUUCUCAAGCUCACUGAUGAUCCCUCAAUGACCGAAAAAAUGUGGAGCCUGAUUGAAAGUCUUGUGGAGCUCCUGUGGGAGGCAAAUGGAGAGGCAGUUAAAAUGACAGUCAUGGUACUCAGCUUUAUAAUCUUGGACAAGGACCUACGGAUACCCAGCCCCAUUGCCCUGCAGCUGGCUGAGGCGCUCCUGCCACUCUUUGACCAUAAUAAUAGCCAGGUGCAACUGCUCUCCAUAUUGCUCUUCCGAACAUUGCUGACUCUUCCACUGAAAAAGGAAAGAAAGGUCCUGAAGUCACAGGUGCGACAGAGCCUGCUCCCACUCUUCUUCCACUGCCAUGAUGAGAAUUGGCGUGUGGCACAAGCUUCUCUGGAAACGCUGCUUUGUGUGGCUGACUUCCUGAAGAGGAAGGAUCUUGACAAAGUGGUGAAGAAGAAGAAACUGUGGAUGUUCGCAGACACCCUGCCCUUGAAGAACUGGCAAAUGAUAGCUGCCUGUCUGUCAGAAGCCUGGCUCUUCAGACUUUGCACAUUGUCAGGACAGUGGCCACCGUGCAAUAUUCCAUCCUCGAGAACCUGGACCAUCAGCUGCGCAGGGUGUGGAAGACGUGGCUUCGAGUCUCAGGGCUUGGCUACCUGUGCUGCUGGAGCUCUGCACAGAGGUGAUGCCAGAGGCUCUGUCUAGAGGGGCCACCUGAGCCUGUCCUUGUUUUCCUUUUCAUGAAGAUUGUUAUUUUCUUAUUUUGUUUUUCUUUAGUGUAAAAAUAUAGGACGUGUU